AUGGCGAGGCCCCAAUGGACUGCUGUGGGCCAGAGAGGCAGCGAGGCCGAAGCAGCAGGGGGCCCCCCGGGGGGGCCCCCGGGGGGCCCCCCUGGGGCCCCCGGGGCCCCCCCGGGGGGGCCCCCCACUGAAGCUGAAGUGAGGGCUGUCAUUUCCUUCUUAAUGAGGAGGCCCUUGGGAAACAUGAAGUUGUCUCCUUGUUUAAUGUUAGAGGUGGAGAGGGCCUGGUGGCAGCAGCAGCAGCAGCAGCAGCAGCAGCAGCAGAGGCCAGACGCGGACCGCCUGCAGCAGCAGCAGCAACACUUGAAGCCCAACGGCCUCGCAGCAGCAGCUGAACAAACUGACAGAAGCGUCAAGGAGGAGGCAGCAGCUGCAGCGCAGCAACGGGAGCAGCCGCUGCUGCAGCAACUACAGCGCCAGCUGCUGUCGCUGCAGCAGCGCCUCGCACUGCUGCGUGUCCUCCCAUGA